AAUCUUUUUAGUAUAAGAAAUGAGUCUGUUUUAUGCUUUCUCAAACUUUAUAUGCGAAUGUAAAAAUAUUUCGUAUUUGCAUGUCCUCAUGAAUACAUAAAAAGGAUCAAACUUACGCUUUUACUGCAAAAAAACCCCACUAAUUCUCAUGCAUAGUUGCAUAGGCCUGUCUCUCUCCUUAAAUGCUACACUCAACUUCAAAACUGAAAACUCUACCCUUUUGAGCUAAACCUUUUUUUUUUCUUUUUUUCUUUUACCUUUUUCCGUGUCUUUUGCAAAUUCGUGGCGAUUUUGCAGGGCUGAGUGAACUGAAGCUUUUGUUUUUAUCAAUAUUUUGAUUUCAUUUACCUGGAACGCCCAGGAGUGUAGGAUCAAUGAUCAUGUGCUGUGGAUGAUGUAUGUUAUGAUGGGUAUCGAUUCCUUUCCUUGUUGAAGCAGUUGAUCCACCAAACUGACACAAAAAGACAAACAGAAAUAGGUUGUUUUUCAAGUUAAAUUUCUGACAAGACAGACAAAGUUAUGUUGAGGAAUAGGUCCAGGGCAGUGACCAGCAAGCAGCAACCAUUAAUGGCUGAUCACAGUUCUCAAUCGUCGUUCCCCUCACACAAUCACACCACACCAAUCCCAUCUUUCUUCGGUUCUCCAAGAUUCAAAGUUUUCACUACAAAAUGUCUCCCCGACACUGAACCUGUUGUACUCAAGAGCCCUACUACAAUCCUCGACAACAACAAGCCAUUGUUUCCCUUUGGCAACCUCUUUGGUUUCGAUUUAAACCAACCCAAAUCCCCCAAAACAUUCAUCUCACUCAAUAACAAGCGCCACCACACAACCCAAACAUCGGAACCAACAGGUGUUGGUCUUGCCAUAGUCGAUACUCUCAAUGAUAAGCCAACUAAAGACAACAAGGUUCCUCCCAAGACAAGUAACAACAAGGUUUUAUUUGGGACCAAGCUCAGAGUUCAGAUUCCUUUCAAUGGGUGUGUUCCCGUUAAAGAGAUGGAGUUGUCUGAGGAUUAUACAUGCGUGAAAUCCCACGGACCUAAUCCCAAAACAACCCAUAUAUAUGGUAACUGCGUUGUAAAGAGCUACUGCAGUAGUGUAUUGGAUGAGCCCAGGUGUGCAGCAGAGAGUGAUUUCCUCAGCUUUUGUCACACAUGCAAAAAGAAUCUUGAACAGAAAAUCGACAUUUACAUUUACAGAGGUGAGAAGGCUUUUUGCAGUCAAGAGUGCCGCUAUCAGGAAAUGGUACUAGAUGGAGAAGAGAAAUAAAAAAUUUUCAUUUCAUCACUGCUUUAGAUCAUAAAAUCAUUUUCAUGUUUGAUAAUGAUUCCAUAAACCAAAUCUCUUUGUAGUGUUUAAUUUAGCUUUUGUUUUUAAAAACCCUCUCCACUGCAGAUAGUGAUAAGAGAGGAUGAGAUGAUGUAGAGUUAAUGUUAAUUAUUUAUAUGACUGCCAAUAGCCUUUUUUUCCUCAA